AUGGGGCCUCCUCUUUACCACCUAUCAGAUUUGGCCCUUCCCUCCUACCAAGGAGACCGCUGGUAACAUUCACAUUUUUACAUGGAAUUUUUCGAAAUAAAGGGGGCGGUAUAGGAUUCGAACCCCCGAUAUCACUGCUAAGACCCUCCGACUCGCCCACUCGAGUCGCUUAGCCCUUCUUAAAUUGGUGAUGAAGGUGCAUCAGGCUUAGGUUCUGCUUUAGCAAAUUGCAUUAAUCUCUCAAAUUUGAGACUUUACCUUUAUAGCAAUUAAAUUGGUGCAAUUGGUGCAUCAGGCUUAGGUUCUGCUUUAGCAAAUUGCAUUAAUCUCUCAAAUUUGACACUUGACCUCGGUUUGAAUUAAAUUGGUGAUGAAGGUGCAUCAGGCUUAGGUUCUGCUUUAGCAAAUUGCAUUAAUCUCUCAAAUUUGACACUUGACCUUUCUUUUAAUUAAAUUGGUGCAAUUGGUGCAUCAGGGUUAGGUUCUGCUUUAGCAAAUUGCAUUAAUCUCUCAAAUUUGACACUUGACCUUAUUAAAAAUAAAAUUGGUGAUGAAGGUGCAUCAGGGUUAGGUUCUGCUUUAGCAAAUUGCAUUAAUCUCUCAAAUUUGACACUUGACCUUGACGAUAAUAAAAUUGGUGCAAUUGGUGCAUCAGGCUUAGGUUCUGCUUUAGAAAAUUGCAUUAAUCUCUCAAAUUUGGCACUUAAUCUUAUUGAAAAUUAAAUUGGUGCAAUUGGUGCAUCAGGGUUAGGUUCUGCUUUAGCAAAUUGCAUUAAUCUCUCAAAUUUGACACUUAUCCUUGAGUAAAAACAGUUUAUUUGUUUUGGAUUGUGA